AUGAAUUUUGUAAAGGAGAAAGAACUACCGAACCGCCAGAAGAGGGCAGAGUCUGCAAAAGAUAUGGAGCAAAUCUGCCGUACCAAAACCAAGCUUAGGAUGACAUUAAAGAGACUGCAGGAGAUAAUCAUACUUUGCGAACAUGCCGCUAUAUCAACAGUGGAAUCAGCCGGCCUUGUGUUCGGACCAGUUCCACUCACUGCAGACGAGAACAUAUGGCUUGCUACAGCAAAGAACUACCCUUCAAAUGACAUCCUAAGCGACUUCUAG